AUGGAACUGGACGACUUUGAUCCUGAAGACAAAGAGAUACUGAGCUGGGAUAUUAAUGACAUGAAACUGCCACAGAAUGUGAAAAAGACGGACUGGUUCCGGGAGUGGCCGGACUCGUAUGUGAAACACAUCUACAGCUCGGAGGACAGGAAUGCACAGCGCCACUUGAGCAGCUGGGCCAUGCGCAACACCAACAACCACAAUUCCCGCAUCCUCAAGAAGUCGUGCCUGGGGGUGGUGGUGUGUAGCCGGGACUGCUCCACCGAGGAGGGCCGCAAGAUCUACCUGAGACCUGCCAUCUGUGACAAAGCCCGGCAGAAGCAGCAGAGGAAAUGCUGUCCCAACUGCAACGGCCCUCUGAAGCUUAUUCCCUGCCGAGGCCACGGGGGCUUUCCGGUCACCAACUUCUGGAGGCACGACGGCCGCUUCAUAUUUUUCCAGUCGAAAGGAGAACAUGACCAUCCCAAGCCAGAAACCAAGCUGGAAGCGGAGGCGAGGAGGGCAAUGAAGAAAGUGCACAUGGCCUCCGCCUCUGGCUCCCUGCGGAUGAAGGGGAGCCCAGAAACAAAGGUUCUUCCAGGUGAAAUACCGAGUCAGGGAAGUUUACCUUUAACUUGGUCAUUCCAGGAAGGCGUCCAACUGCCCAGCAGUUACAGCACACCUUUAAUAGCUAACGCCCCCCAGCAAAACUCCCUGAAUGAUUGCCUAUCCUUCCCUAAGAGUUAUGAUUUGGGGGGAACCACUGAGCUGGAAGAUCCAACUUCCACCUUGGACUCCACUCAGCUCUAUGAGAAAUUCAAAUUCUCCAGCGGCAGGCUCUACAGCACUGAAGACCAGUUUCAGCCUCCUGUCCCUGAGGUCUACACGGAUUAUGACGACCUACAAGCCUGGAAUAAAAAUGCUGCCCCCUUGGGGAGAAAUCCGAACGAUGAGCCCUGCUACCCCGGCUAUCCUCUGCCCGUGACCAGCUGGCCCUGCGACUUCUUUCCCUCUCAGACCUCUUUGGAGCCCUUUCCUCAACAGAUCCCACUGGAGGCCCCUGCUGCCCAAACUGGCUGCCACCCGCUGUGGUCCAAUCCAGGAGGUGAGCCUUAUGAAGAGAAAGUGCCAAUGGAUUUCAACGGCUACGUGCCUUCCCUCACCUACCACUCACCUCAGCAGGACCCCUUUCUGCUCACCUACGGCUCUCAUCCUCAGCAGCAAUACUCUCUGCCCAGCAGGAGCAGCAAGUGGGAUUUUGAUGACGACAUGGCCUGCACGGGUUUGGAUCACUUCAACAGUGAAAUGUGUCUAAACCUCUGUCCUUUAAGAUGA